AUGGGCAGAUUUAGUGAUGUGGGGGCAUUGAGCAAACUCAGGCAUGGGGCCUCUUUCUUGAAUAGCAAUUCAUUACCAGUAUUCUUGGACCAACUCAGCAAUGUCACUGUCAAUUUCACCGACGAAGUGGUUGCAUCUCCUUUAGACAUCAGUGCCAUUGUUGAUAUACUCAACAAUGUAGCCAACGCGUCACUUGCUAUCCCAAUAAAUGAAACUUUAAUGGAGGAUGUCCUUUUAACUGUAGGUAUCCUCACCUCAAAUGAAUCAAGGGACUCAUGGAACUUUCUAAACGCCAAUGACACCAGAAACAUCUCGGAAAAAAGCAGCCCCACAGCCAGAAGCGUCAGCUCAACAUUAUUGCAGUCUGUUGAGGACAUAACAAAGGCCCUUACCAAUGACUCCUUUAAUAUUGACACACCUUUUAUUCUCUUAAACAAAACCACAUUCACAGACACUUUUAAUGCUGAUAUUGAAAUCUUGGAUUCAGCCGUGGAGACAGACAUACCAGAGUCUGAUGGAGAAAAUAAGUCCAUCACUGUGAUAACAUUUGCAUCAAUGGAAAAUGUACUCCCUGCAAGAGAUGAAAACAAUUCAACCUCUAACUUCAUCAAUGGGAGAGUUGUACUUGUUUACUCUGAUGGAACUGUCAAUAAUGUUUCAUUCACUUUUGAUAUUUUAAACGACACUUUGAAGAAACCUCAGUGUGUUUUUUGGAACUUCAGCCUCUUUGAUGGUCUCGGGGGAUGGGACGACGAGGGCUGCGAGCUGGUAGACGACAACAAUACUGUCACCUGCAACUGCAACCACCUGACCUCGUUCUCUAUGCUCAUGUCACCCUUCAGUCCAAAUGACCCUGUGUUGGAAUUUAUUACCUACAUUGGAGUUGGAAUAUCCAUGGCUUCCUUGGUUAUAUGCCUCAUAAUUGAAGCUGUCAUAUGGAGUAAAAUAAGAAAGAACAACACCUCUUACUUACGCCAUGUUUCCAUCGUUAACAUCGCUGUGUCUCUCCUGAUUGCAAACAUUUGGUUUAUUAUUGGAGCAGCCAUUUCAGAAGCAGAUAAGAAAGACCGAUCAGCAUGCAGUGCGGCCACAUUUUUCAUCCAUUUGUUCUACCUAGCCCUCUUCUUCUGGAUGUUUGCCUCAGCUCUACUGUUGCUCUACCGCACAGUCAGUGUCUUCGAAGGGUUGUCCAAAAAUUCUAUGUUGGCAAUUGGUUUCUCUCUCGGCUACGGGGCACCCCUCAUCAUUGCAAUUAUAACUAUAGCUGUAACUGCACCCAACAAAGAGUACAUCCGUGAAACUCCAACCCAGUUGAGUUGCUGGCUCAACUUCAACGAUUCCAAAGCUCUACUGGCCUUUGUGAUCCCUGCACUGUUAAUAGUGGCGAUAAACCUUAUAAUACUAUGUGUGGUGAUUUACAAAAUGUUGAGGAGAAGGGCUGUGGGAGACGCUGCACAAGCAGCUGAGAGGAACGUUCUGGUGGUCAUUAUCAGGAGUUUGGCUGUCCUUACACCAAUUUUUGGGUUAACUUGGAGUCUGGGAGUCGGAACUAUGACCAACCCACACAACAAAGGAAUCCAUGGUUCAUUUGCAUUCUUCAAUUCACUCCAGGGAUUCUUCAUUUUGGUGUUUGGAACGCUGUUGGACAAAAAGGUGCGGUCAGAAAUAGCAGCAAUAUCACAAAGUUCCGGAACUGGGACAAGGAGCACCAGUGCUGGAACCUCAUCAUCAAGUGGAUUAGGCUUUUUCCGAAACUGGAGAAGAGGAAGAGAUGGUUACAACGUAUCAUCCACUGCUUCUGGUGUAUCUCACUCCUUCACCAACACAUGACAAACUUUGCAGACAGCUGGGGUCAGUUAGAAAGGCAAACCAGCUGUUACACAAAAAUUGAUUUAGUUGUUAGAUGUAUGAAGGAUAGAUCUGAAGUCUACUGUAACAUUAGUCAGGCUUGAUUUGUGGAAAAUCAAAGAUAUCAUUAAUACAGUCAUAUUUUGAAAGCUGUAUUUUAUUAAAGCACUGCUUAGAAUAACACUAUGUUAUACACUCUUGUAAGGAUAGAAUCGUAUUUAUUAGUGUUACAUAAUGAAUGCUGGAUGUAUAGUAUUAAUUGCAUUGUAGUAGAGCCUGCUAAUAAUUGUUUUGACAAUAAGAUUUUAUAUUUGAUGUCUUGUAAAAGUGAAUACAUUUGCACUUUCCAGUGUGUGUGUGUGUGUGUGUGUGUGUGUGUGUGUCUGCGAGCCCCUGGUGGGCAAAAAAAGCAUUAUCGAAACUAAUCUAAAAGAAUUCCACAUCAUUCCGAGCAACUGGAAUCACAUUGCGCUUGAUAGGCACUCCUGGAAGACAUCUACUGCACGUCACAAAGCUGAACUCUGCCAAGCCGCAGAGAUAAAGUGAGAACACAGAGAAAAACAGGCUCAGCCACAAGCACCACCACAUUCCCCUGCUCACAGUGUGCCAAAGUAUGUGGAUCUUGGAUCGGCCUCUACAACCAUCUGAAGACACAACCCAUCAUGGGGGACGGUCAUAUUUGCCUCAAGUGACCACCAAUGAUGGUGUGUGUGUGUGUGUGUGUGUGUGUGUGUGUGUGUGCAUUGUUUCC